UCGCUACACAAAAACAGAAACCCCAAACCCUCAACUUUUCUCUCUCCUCUUCUUAUUUCCCCCACCGCAUCCGCCACCAGUCGCCGGCGCUCCAUCUCGUUGCUCUGCAGCUCCGCCUCCUUGCUACUGUUGUCGCUGCUUCACCGCCCACGGCUCACCCAACACAGCUCAAAAUGGGUGCACAGGUUGAACUCCCAGAGGAAAGGCUCAAAUCUUUCCUGUGUCAGUUGCAAGCAGAAUCCGGAAUUCUUGACAGAAUCAUAUACAAAAACAAAAAUCAGCAUCGGAGGUGUUCCUAUUUUCAGUACCUCUUGAAGGUUAGGAGGGAUGUAAAGCUUUUUAAUUCAAUUCACAUGGAGGAGCUUUUAGAUUCAUGUUUUAAUGUUAUUACUGGAGAAAAGCCUAAACAGAAGGCAAGUGUUCUGGAAAGUUUGAAGAGGAAGAAAUGUGACGGUGUAAAAUUCAAUUUUAUUGAACGUCUUCAAGGGGCAGCACGGCUUCUAUCUCAGAUGGUUGAGCCUAUACUGAAGGCAGCUAUUGAAAUAUCUACCUUGCUCGCUCGUUCAUUUUUCAUGGGGUUUUCUGUGAUGAUUCUUGCUCUGCUUGCUCGCCUGAGAGUUUUGGUUCAGCAGAUACUACUGGAUGUUGUUUCUGUAUUCAACGAAGUCUCUUCUCUUGCUCAGAAAAAACAGUCCAUAAAAAUAACUCAGAACGGAAUCGAGGCUUUCCGAGAGUAUUAUCCUACAAUGGAGGAGGAAAUUGUCGUUCUAGAGUGCGUCUGGAAAACGGAUAAAUUUGUAUUGGUAGAAACAUCUAGUAAAGGCAAGAUAUCACAGCAAGGUGGGAGUUCAGAAACAGUACAAACUCCGGGAACAACUAUAAAGUACCAAAGUAUUGGUGCUUUUAUGGAAGAUGAUGAAUAUGAUUCUGAGAAGGCUGAUGUAAACGAGGGUGAAGAGAGUCUCUCAAAGAGGAAAAGACUUGAAUCACAACCACCCAUAUCCAACGAAAAUUUUCAUCAUCCUGAGCAAGUUCAAAUGCUUUCAGUGCCAGAACACGGCUCAGAAAACGUGUUACAACCAACAGAAGACACCGUGGUCAGAGACAAUGCUCUUUCUAGCUCGACUUCAAGCUUAUCUAACCCUAAUUCUAUGUCGAAAAAGAGUGUGGCGUUCAUAUCUGUAAAGAAAACUGCUUCUUCAGCAUCAAAUACAGCAUCUGUAACUCAGAUAGAUGACAGUAUAGACAAAGGGCAUGAUGAUCAAGACAACACCCUUUUCAGUCUUUUUGGUCAGGAAGAAGUAAAAUGUAUUUUUUGAAAAAAUGUUCCUUAAGGUAGCCAGGUUACUUUGAAUCAAAGUAAAUCUUCCUGCUUUAGAAAGGAACGUAAGGAGUAGGAUCGUAUUGACCUUUGUACCUCAAAAUGAUUAUGUUAGCGCAAUUCAUACGAGUCUUAUCAUCUUAUGAUCAAAUGAUGUGCUCAUUU